AUGUUCACAUCAAUACGGUGUUUUGCAACAUCAUCAAAUUCAAUAAAUCAUUAUCAAUUAUUAGAUUUACCAAUAAAUGCAUCCAUCAAAGAAAUAAAAUUACAAUUUAAAAAACUUUCAAAGAAAUAUCAUCCAGAUUUAAAUCAACAUUUAACAGAAGAAGAAAAAAAUUCAAAUACUGAAAAAUUUGCAUUAAUGGUAGAAGCAUAUGAUACUUUAAAAGAUAUUAAAAAGAAACGUACAUACGAUCAAACAUUACAUACUGGAUCAGGAAAUCAAGGUUUUGCAUCAAGAAGAUCAAAUGAAUAUAAUCGAUAUUAUGGAGAUGCAAAAUAUUAUUCAAAAAAUGGUAAAUCAUAUACAACAGCAUCUGGAUUAAAUACAAAACGACAUAAAGUUCAUUAUACAGAUCCAAAAUUUCAAGAUAAUCAAUCUAAAUUUUCAGGAGAACAUAAAAAUCAUGGAGAUAAAUUUGAUGUUCCACAUUUUGAUUAUGAAAAACAUCUUAAUAGAAAUUUAAAAUUUGAACAAAGAAUAUUGGAUAAAUAUUUAGAUGAAAAUACCAAGAGAAGAAUAUUAUCACAAUUAUCAAGAUCUGGUGAAGCUAUAUCUGAAGAAUUGAAAACUAAACAUUUAUUACGUCACGUUAAUAAUAUAAAAGAAAAUGAUCAUUAUGAAUUAGAACAACAAAAAUCAAGACAAAAAAAUUAUUCAAAUGUAAAAUAUGGAGGUAGUACUACUUAUAAAGGAGCUACUACAUAUCUGAAUUUAUAUCAAAAACCAAUAAAUGAUGAUGAUAAUCCAUUUAUAAAAGUCUUUGCUGCAUUAGGUGCUGGUACAUCAUUAUAUAUUCUAUAUAAAAUUAUUAAUUAG